AUGAGAUUUAGAUUUUGUGGUGACCUUGAUUGCCCAGACUGGGUUUUAGCAGAAAUCAAUAUUUUAUCUAAAAUUACAUCAGUUAAAAUAAAACUGCUUGCUGUGCAAGUUUUGAAAGAUCUGCUAGGUGAAGAUUUAGAUUAUGAGAAAGUCCAGAAACUGACCUCAGAUGCCAAGUUUGAAACUGGUGACAUCAAGGCAUCGAUUGCAGCCUUAACCUUCAUCCUAUCCAGUGCAGCAAAAUACGAUGUUGAUGCAGAGACACUGUCGAAUGAGCUUCAGCAGCUAGGAUUACCCAGAGAACACAGCACAUCUGUGUGCAGAUCCUACUCUGAUGGCUUGGGACACCUUCAGGAGCACUUCAGACGUACCAGCCUCCGAGUUUCAGGUCUUGACUCUGUUCAGUGGAGGGUGGAUUAUGUUUUGAGCUCCAGUGAGUUACAGAAUGUGAAUGAACCAAGUGUGCAAAUCAAACUGGAUAUAAAACAGUCAGAUUCUGCUGAGCCAGAACCGGUUGCUUUUACCUUGACAGCAGACAAGUUCCGAGUCUUGCUUCAUGAAUUGAAACAAGCUCAAAGUGCAAUGGAGAAUUUACAGAAAUAG